AUGUUUGUAGAUAAUGGUUUGUCUGAUUUGUCGAGUAGAGGAGCCCUUUAUAUGUGGAAGAACAAUCAGCCUGACAAUCCAAUAUUGAGAAAGUUGGAUAAGGUUUUGGUGAAUGAUCAAUGGAGAGACUCUUUCCCGGAAGCUAUAGCGAUCCUUGAUCCCCCGGGAGAUUCGGAUCAUUCCCUUGCUCUGGUGCACACCUCUUCUCACAUUCAAACUAGUAAGAAAUCCUUCAAAUAUUUCUCGUUUUUAUCCACUCAUCCCAAGUUCAAGGAGGUGAUCGAUGCAGCCUGGUCUGAAGAAAGUGGGACAGGUUCUGCUCUUUUUAUCUUGGCUCAAAGAUUGAAGAUUGUUAAAGCAGCUUGCAAGCGGUUGAACAGGGAAGGUUUUGGUAAUAUUCAGCAGAGAACUAAGGACUCUUUGGCCCGUCUUGAGUCCAUUCAGGCUGAUUUACUGAGAUCGCCAUCAGAUUCUCUAUUCUGA